CAAUGAUGGAAUCUUGUCGAUGGAGCAGCAGCUAACGUUAACAACAUAAGAUCCGCGCAAAUACAGCCAGCUAAAAGGGCACAAAUUGUUACCGCCUGAGGUUUGUCGACACAUCUUGGACUCGGGAGUGAUUUUGGACCUCUGAAAGAACAGAUUCUCCCACACUCCGCCACAACCUGCUGCCACCCUGGCGAUGUCAAGAGUCCCGAGUCCCCCACCCCCUGCGGAAAUGUCCAGCGGGCCUGUGGCGGAGAGCUGGUGCUACACUCAGAUCAAAGUGGUAAAAUUCUCCUACAUGUGGACCAUCAACAACUUCAGCUUCUGUCGCGAGGAGAUGGGCGAGGUCAUUAAGAGCUCCACCUUCUCCUCAGGAGCCAAUGACAAGCUCAAAUGGUGUCUGCGGGUGAACCCUAAAGGGCUGGAUGAGGAGAGCAAAGACUACCUGUCCCUCUACUUGCUCCUGGUUAGCUGUCCCAAGGCUGAGGUGCGUGCCAAGUUCAAGUUCUCCAUCCUCAACGCAAAGGGAGAGGAGACCAAAGCCAUGGAAAGCCAGAGAGCGUAUCGGUUUGUCCAGGGGAAGGACUGGGGCUUUAAGAAGUUCAUCCGCCGAGACUUCCUGUUGGACGAGGCCAACGGUCUUCUGCCUGAUGACAAGCUCACCUUGUUCUGUGAGGUGAGUGUGGUGCAGGACUCGGUGAACAUCUCGGGUCAGAACACCAUGAACAUGGUGAAGGUGCCUGACUGCAGACUGGCUGAUGAGCUGGGUGGGCUGUGGGAGAACUCGCGCUUCACCGACUGCUCCCUGUGUGUGGCCGGGCAGGAGUUCCAGGCCCACAAAGCCAUAUUAGCAGCACGCUCUCCUGUGUUCAGUGCCAUGUUUGAGCAUGAGAUGGAGGAGAGUAAAAAGAACCGAGUGGAGAUCAACGACGUGGAGCCAGAGGUCUUCAAGGAGAUGAUGUGUUUCAUCUACACAGACAAGGCCCCCAACUUGGACAAGAUGGCUGACGACCUUCUAGCAGCCGCUGACAAGUAUGCUCUUGAGAGGCUGAAAGUGAUGUGUGAGGAUGCGCUGUGCACCAGUCUGUCUGUGGAGAACGCUGCAGAGAUCCUCAUCCUGGCAGACCUGCACAGCGCCGACCAGCUCAAAACACAGGCUGUGGACUUCAUCAACUACCAUGCUGCCGAGGUGAUGGAGACGGCGGGCUGGAAGUCCAUGGUGGCAUCCCAUCCUCACCUGGUGGCCGAAGCUUACCGCUCGCUGGCCUCGGCCCAGUGCCCCUUCCUGGGGCCGCCCCGGAAGCGCCUCAAACAGUCUUAACACACAUACCCCCCACCCACCCCCCUCGCACGCACAGGGAAAAUCCCUCCCCACCACAAUUAACGCCUCUCCCUCAACCCCUCCGACCCAUAUCUGAACCUGCUGUAUUUGUAUUCUAAGAUGGAGGGGGAAAAUGGAAGAGAAAAUGGAGGAGAGGGCCGACAGUCGGCCUAAGAAGGGGAUGUUUUGUUUACAACGAGCCGCUAGGCUACACUAAAAACCCUAUUUCUCCUCAGCUCUGGCUUAAUGAGGUCUGUGUUUGUUGUUGUGAACCCAUAACCACAAGACCUGCGUCCUUCGAUGACAUGGGGUCAGCCACAUCCCAGGAUGUGGAGUCUACCAACUGCAUAGGAGAUUGGGGGGGAAAGAAAUUGACAACUCCAACCAAGCCCACAAGAAACACUCUUUUGAACAUGGAGGAUACAAGAGGACGAGAGCAAAGUGGAGCGACGCAAAGCAAGGCCUUCACUGCACAUGUGUAGAUUAGCUUCGUCUGUCCCUUUCUCUGUUCUCAUUGGUUGACAACCAUAGGCGCAGGUGUCAAUCGAAAAAGGGCCUAUUUGAUAGGCUGGUUAGGUAAAGGCAGCAUGAAGGAAUGGGCCUGUUUACCAUGAUGACCUAGGAGCCCAGGGCCAAGACCCUGAAGCCAAGGGCCUGUUCAAAGACUGGACAAUAUCAAUGAAACCCUGUUUUUAAAGUAGUGGGAAAAUGUUGCACUAAUGUUACAGGUCAACCCUUUGUCAAUCGCCACUGCAGCAGCAGUGAUACAGAGUACUGUAAUAGAGAAGCACACAUAACACAAGCUUAGUGGGCGAAACCGUUGGACAAAAAACCCUUUAACCUUCAAGCUAGCGAUGGGUCAUUUUGACCCGAGGCAUAUUUUUUAUCGUAGCCCAGAGAUGGUUUAUUAAAUUCUUCAAGUUUUUCAUGACUUUGUCAAUCACUUGUUCUUAAUAAAUCUAAAUAAUUGUUUAGUGUUUCUGUAUCAAUGUGGACUCUUAAAAAAGUAUACUGCUUUGGAGUCAUUUUUUAAAACAACUUAUCUAUACCAUCAGAGGGUGGAGGGGGACCUGUAUCUGUGAUUUUGACCAGAUAGACAGAUCAUCUGCAGAGAUACUGUAUACAGGUAACUGCCAAAAUAAAGGAAACUCCAACAUAACAUGUCUUUAAUAGGGUGUUGGGCCAGAACAGUGCCAAGUAAGACAACUGAGAUGGUAGCCUAUGAUUCGAAAAGUAAGAUCUUUCAUCUAACAUAUCUAGGGAAUGCAUGAUUUAUAAUUUUUAUUUGCAACCUGUUAAAAUAUGAUCCAGAAUUAUCAGACUUAUUUUGGGCUCUUCAGAGAAUUUGCUGACAUCUUUGUGCAUAUUGGCUUAUAGACUAUAUUAUUCACCACCUGAGAAAGUGGGAACUCAAAACACUUAGCUAUAUUGCUAACUCUAAAUAUGUUGUUGCUAUAUAGCCAUUUAGGCUUAUUUAUUAAUAUAUCACUAAAUGUAAGCUAAUAUCCUACAAAAACUUUCCAGCGCUAGGCCUAGCCUAUUUGAUGUUGGCCUGUUUACUGCACAUCGCGUGCUCUGCAUCAAAACAACACUACAGCCUCCUCUGGUUGUAAAGUGGUGCCAUGAACUCAAUAUUAAGAGGUGUGAAAUAAAUUAUAUACUCACAAAGCUGUGACUCCUCUGUAACUAGAACGACAGUAGAUGGUUUUAAACUAUUUUUCCCACAAUUACAGUUUGAGCAUUGGUCAUGCUUGUGCUUCUCUGAAUGCAUCUCCCUCUGUGCGCACAGUGGGGAGAGUGAGUGGACAGGCAGAUACUUUCAUAGCAGGAAUCAACAUAAUGCAUAGGCUAUUACUGUUGACCAAAUAAUGGUUUUAGAACAAGCUACAGAAAAGUAGAAAAUUACCUACGUACGCAAAAUGCUUCAGUAAGAGGAAGGCGGUGUCGGUAAUUUUAGGUAUAUUGUCCCAGCUCUAAAACACACACACCCUUUAAACCCCCUAUGCUCCUUUGAAACCCCUCUUUCAAAGUCACUGAAAUCUCCUCUUCUAGCCAUGUUAGCCAAAAUAAUGGGCAUCUGGGCUUUUUAUACCCUAAGCAUGAUGGGCUGUUAAUUGCUUAAUUAACUCCUGAACCACAUCUGUGUAGAAGCACCUGCUUUCAAUAUACUUUGUAUCCCUCAUUUGCUCAAGUGUUUCUUUCAUUUUGGCAGUGUCCUGUAGCACCCCAUGUACUCACCUAAGAUUGUACUUUUCUAGACCACGUAUCUUAUGACUGUACAAAACCAACAUUUCCUUAUUUUUGUGCAUAAUACAAAUCUGCCAAUGGUAUACAUACUUGAUAGAACUGCAAUACAGAACUCAGAUACUCUGAAUCUACACAGAGAGCUGUAUUGGUGUGCAUUAUCCAAAAAGUAGUUAUUCUAGGGAAAAUCUAAAAAAGUUGUGAUUUCAGGUUUCAGUGGAGACAUAAUAUUAAGUAAUGCAUAUCAUCAGAGGGUGGAGGGGGACCUGUUGCAGUGAUCUUGUCCUGAAAGACGGAUCACCUGCAGAGAUGGAGCACCUUAUGUACUCGCCUUGGUUAUAACUAGGUAUGCGCAUGUACAAAAUCCAAAUUACAAUUGAUAUAGUUGCAGUCAAAACACCUUUAUAAAAGUCUGUCAGUGGUAUGAAUACUUCGUAGAACUGUAAUACAGAAACCAGCUAUUCUCUGAAUGUACAUAUAGUGCUGUAUUGGUGUGUAUUCUCUAAAACAAAAAAAUCUAUGGAAAUGCUAUUUAAAUAACAGAAUUCCUACAGAUAUAGGAUCUUAAUGUGAGACAGUUUGCCACAGCAGGAAAGUAAUCCUGUAGCAACAGGAAAUUUGAAUUAUGUGGAUUAUAAUGGACAUUUUUGUAGGGGUUGAUACAUGUUUUAAAGCAAAUCAAGUCUGACAUUUUUAAGUGUAAAUUACAAACUUUAGAAUCCUUUUUAAACAUUGAGUACACUACAAGUUAAUGUUUCCUGCAACAACAGGGUGAUCAAAUUAAGAUCCUACAUCUGUAUAAUAUUCUCUAAUAUUUUACAUGUGCAACUUGUUAAGAUAUUUUGGUUGCUAUACAAUUUGAUUUAAUGCGACUUUGAGGAUUUGGGCAUACUAUUUUAAGCAUGCAUUAGCCCCUACCACUCCCAUUGUUUCGCUAACAGUUGGUAAUCCACAUAUGUAAAAUAUGUUGGUAGCUUGAGGAGUAAAGCAAAAUUCUCUGCAAGAGACACAAAAAGAAGAGAAAACCCUCUCCCAUAUGGAACGUUGCUUGAUCUGCAUCUUAUUUUAUUAAUAGAAAAGACAAAGUAGAGGGGAUGGAAUAGAACAAUGCACAACGGAAAGUAUUUUUUGGGGGUCAUGAUGUGUUGUAAUUUUGUGUGUAGAUCUGUCUUGAAAUCUCUGGAUUUCUGUUGGAAAAGCCGAGAGAAGAUGUUGUGCACCAGUUACAAUAUGACAUUAAGCUUCAAUCGGGCUUCUAUAUAUUUUUUUGUGAUUUACUUUCUAGUUGUUUUUCCUCAACUGUCCUCGUUGUUUUUCAUAGGAAUUUGUACAGACACAAAAAGUAUUUUUGAACGAUGUAAACAAACAUUUUCAACCAUAAAAUUGAAAAGCAGUUCUUUUUUUUGGGCUCGGCCCGGGGAGAGAAUAAUCAAAUGAAGACGUUUUGUCAGAGAGAACCAGAAUGUGAAAACGAUGUAUAAAAGCAAAAAAAAACAAAAAUCUAAUAUUUGACUACGGUUUUUACCUGACUGCAAAUUAACUUGGAUAUUCUCUUGGGAGAAGGAGCCAUUGCCGUUUCUUUCCUGUAGACAUGUCUGGUAAUGCUUAGUUAUUGACGUUUUUUCUCCCCAAAGGAAUAAACCACAGCUAUUUUGUAAUGAAUGCA